AAGUUUAUACAUUUGGGAUUUUUAACAUUUUUCAUUAUUUCUAGUUUAUAAGCAAAAUCGAGGUCCCUUUUAGAUCGAAAUGAAACCAAAUAGUUGCUCACGUGCUCUUCAUAACGAGCUUUUUCAUGCGGUACGUUGAUGAGGAGCGAGUUGGUAUCACUUUAUUAAUGCUUAUAAAACGUUUACAUAUCACAAAACAUAGUUUUUACUGUACAGUUAACUCUGUCGUUCGCAACAGUUUGUAGUAUGUCACACUAACACAAUCUUCAGCAGACUGCGCCCGAAUUUUACCGUAAAAUUUAAUAUACAACGCCUAACGUUACUUAAUAUGUCGGACGUUUAAAAGUAUUACAUUUUUUACAGUUAUCUUAUAAAAUUCGACGUCUCUGAAUGUUAUUCUUUAGUGUGAACACCGUGUGAGCUAAAGUGGCCUAGGCUAGAAUAAAUUAAACAAUUUUUUUUUUUUUUUUUUUGCUUUAAAAUGUUUUAUGUUCUCUAAGCGUCUUUCUCUAUUGUCCUGAAUUUUAUUUUAAUCUUGGUUUCAAAAUAUUCGUUAAACGCUAAGUUAAAACUGCUCCGUUAGAUACUCAAGUCCUUUUUAUCCUUAACAGUCAUUUCAGCAGCUCACUAGAGAUUUUGUGAGGUUGAAAGAACCCUGAUUCUUUCUGCUCAUCAGUCGCGCUCGCUUUGUGCUCUCUCACCGGCCUCCAAGCCAAGAUCUGCUUGUCCAAUCAGUGCUGAGAACGGUCCAUCUUAUGAAUAUUAAUGACAGGUUCGACCAAUCACUAUGUGGGAGUGCUUCACAGGAGAGCCUUUAGUUGCGCGUUUUCCAACAGCAGCAUAUAACUGUUCGUGUCUAUUUGAGUUUGUACUGAUGGGGAAGGUGACUUGUUGGAGGUUGGACGCCUUUGUUCGUACCUGCGACUUAAUGGAUACAUAAAAGGGACAUUUGUGGAUUACAUAAGCUAGAUAUUAGAUGCAGUGGACCGGUAUGAAUCGUCUUUGUACAAACAUACAGUUCGGGACUUGUUAAAUGAAUUGGACAUGGAUAAAACCGGUUAUGGCAUACAUGCAGCUUACCAUUUAUUCUUUCUGUGGCUCACAGUUUGCCCUCUUUGCUCUCAGGGAAGUUGGAUGCCGACAGGAGAGGAGAACCUCUUCUGAUAUUUGUGUCACACUACUCCGCAUCACAGGUGGUUGGGCAUCACAUCUGUUGGAGUGCCCGAGAAGUUGGGUUGCGCGCAUUUGCCCCUGUCGCACAAGCAGAAGGAGCUGUGCGCGCGCAAACCGCACCUUUUGCCGAGCAUUAAGGAGGGCGCGCGCCUGGGCAUCAGCGAGUGCCAAACGCAGUUCAAACACGAACGCUGGAACUGCUCGACCCGACGAGACCCGAACGUGUUCGGCUACGAGCUCACCAGUGGGACGAAAGAGACAGCGUUUAUCUACGCAGUCAUGGCUGCCGGCCUGGUUCAUGCAGUCACUCGCUCUUGCAGUGCAGGAAAUAUGACCGAGUGUUCGUGUGACAUGAGCCUGUUGGGCAGCGGUUCGCCCACGGAGGGGUGGCACUGGGGUGGGUGCUCCGAUGACAUUGGCUUUGGGACUUCCUUCAGCCGUCGCUUUGUUGAAAAUUCAGUAAAAAACACAUCAGCCCGUGUUGAGGACACCCUGUUCACUAUGAACCAACAUAACAGCGAGGCUGGAAGACAGGCAGUGGCCAAAACCAUGUUGACAGACUGCCGCUGUCACGGUGUGUCGGGUUCGUGUGCGGUAAAAACUUGUUGGCGCACAAUGGCUGCAUUCGCGCGUGUGGGCGCCUACCUGAAGGAGCGCUACGAAAACAGCGUUCAGGUGGUGGACCGAUCUAAGCGUAAAGUGCGUCGUAAGGACAAAGACCAUCGCCACAUGCCUAUUGGCAAAGAAGAGUUAAUCUUCUUCAACAAAUCGCCCAGUUACUGUUUGGAGGACCGGCGCUUGGGCGUGAUGGGCACCAGGGGCCGCAGGUGUAACAGAACUUCAGCCGGGCCUGACGGCUGUAACCUGUUGUGCUGUGGGCGGGGCUACAACACACACGUGGUACGACAUGUAGAGCGCUGUGAGUGUAAGUUCGUCUGGUGCUGUUACGUUCGCUGUCGCCGCUGUGAGACGAUGAACGACAUGCACACUUGCAAGUAGAGCAACUACUUGGGGAGUCGUCUUGUGAGUGGAAGUGGACCUUCCUUGCACUUUCAACCCAGGUGGGCCUAUACAAACGAGCCUGUUGACAAAAUAUCCACGGCAACCGGCAAUCCAAAACCAGGGGGAAAUUGUAUAAUCCAUUUUAAGUCCAUAUGCAUAACUCUUACCAUGAGCUUCAAGUGGAAAUCAAGCCAUUUUGUAUAUAAUGACUGUGGAAUAUAACUGGAGCAUAAAGGGAACUACGUAAAAUACUGGGAACAGCAAAAAAAAAAAAGUGUAAAUAGAUGCUUUUGUUUGGGUUUGAAUUGAAGGGUCAUACGGUUAAUGAUGAAUUAUAGUGGGAAUUAUAUAGAUAAUUUAAAAGAUAUUUUUGAUACAAUGUUUUAUAGGUUGCAAAAGAGAAUCCCUUAAAAAAAGACAGAACGAAUUCCCUAAGGAUGUAUUCUGCAAUUGUAGCUUUCUAUUUCAUGAUUUAAAUGUACAUAUUAAAUUAUGAACAAAGGACUUAUGCAAUUUAACCUCAUUUGAAUUGAUCUUAAAUAAAGUUUUUUAGAGACCCUGUACAUUCUUUCUGCUUGUGACUGGUGAAGUUUCUUCAUUUGUUCCUUCCCUCCUAAACACAUAAUCACGUAUUAUCCAAAAGUGUAGAUAAUGGAUGUGUUCUGCAGUAGCAGCUUUAAUGAUUUACAAUCUAAGUAUUUCAAAUGAAGAAUCAUGGUUAUUGUCUUUUUUGUGACUGAUGUUUGUCUCAUUCCGUUCCUCUCAAAUCUCUGAAAGAGUAGUGCUUUGCUAGAAGCAACAGAGUUGUGCCAAAUACCAUGGCUGCAUUCUCUUAAACAGCCCUUAAAUGCUAAUUCAAGUGGCUCUUUUAUGUAGCCACAUUCCAGCCAACAGGACAGUGACGGUUUAUGGCAGAACAUAUCAGAGUGACAGAAGGAGAAAUUCCUGUCAGUUCUUACACAUGCUGGGAACUCUAUUAAAGUUGUUGGAAAGUCUCA